AUGGAAUGUGGCAGUUCUUCAAUGAAAGACAAGAAAUCUGAGACAGUGCUAAAAGCCACAUUGAUCAUCCAGAACUGGUACCGAAGGUACAGAGCUCGGUUGAAGGCCAGACAACACUACGCCCUCACCAUCUUCCAGUCCAUCGAAUACGCUGAAAAACAAGGGCAAAUGCAGCUAUCCAACUUCUUUUCCUUCAUGUUGGAAAACUAUGCACAUGUAUGUGAGCAAAGUCCACAAUUAAUAAGGCGACUUUUUGAAAGCAUCCUCCAGGAUAUCAAGGAUAGACAGGAAUACGUGGCAUUGAUAGAUGUCCCAGAUUCCUAUGAUGGUCCUCAGCUGCAAUUUCCUCUCACUUUUACUGAUAUUGAUUUACUUAUUGAGGCCUUCAAGCAACAACAGAUACUUCAUGCUCAUUAUGUCUUAGAGGUGCUAUCUGAAACCAAGAAAGUCCUGAAGCAAAUGCCGAAUUUCACUCACAUAAAUACUUCUGCUUCCAAAGGGAUAACAAUCUGUGGUGAUUUGCAUGGGAAACUGGAUGAUCUUUUUUUGAUCUUCUAUAAGAAUGGCCUCCCUUCAGGGAGCAACCCAUAUAUUUUUAAUGGUGAUUUUAUAGAUCAAGGAAGUAAUUCCAUGGAGAUCCUAAUGAUCCUGUUGGUGAGUUUUCUUGUCUACCCCAAUGACCUGCACUUCAACAGAGGGAACCAUGAAGAUUUUAUGAUGAAUAUGAGGUAUGGCUUCAUGAGAGAAGUUUUAUAUAAAUAUAAGCUACACGGAAAAAAAAUCUUACAAAUCUUGGAAGACCUCUAUACCUGGCUCCCAAUUGGUACGAUCAUUGACAAUGAAAUCCUGGUCAUACAUGGCGGAAUAUCAGAGUCCACAGACUUCUUAAAUGAGGUGGUUUUAGAAAGAAACAAAAUGAAGUCUGUGCUGAUGCCACCAAUGUCAGUAAAUGGAAACCUUGCCACUGACUUGAAGAAAAAUAAAGGAGGUGUACCUGUUGCUAUGCAUGGAAGACUCAAAGCAAGUCACUCUUUUUCCGAACAGUUAUCAAAGAAUGAAUGCGGACAGGUUGUUACUGUAUUUUCUGCUUCUAAUUAAUAUGAAGAAGGCAGCAAUCGAGGCGCUUACAUCAAACUGAGUUCUGGUAUGAUGCCUUGAUUUUUCCAGUACCAAGUAACUAAGGCAACAUGCAUGAGACCUCUUCACCAAAGGGUGGAUGCCAUGGAAUGCAGUGCCAUCAGAUUAUUAAGAGAGAGAAUAAUUGCAUGAAAAACUGACCUUAUUCGUGCUGUCCAACUUCAAGACUACACUAAAUCAGGAAAACUGUCUAAGACCCAGUGGGCUUUUUCCAUGGAGAAAACUUUGGGUCUGAAUUUACCAUGGAGAUCCCUGAGUUCACAUCUGGUAAAGACAGACAAAGAUGGAAAUAUUGACUACAUGUCCAGCUUCCAGGAUAUCCACAUUGAAAAACCUGUGAAAGAGAUUCAGUCUACUCUAGUUGAAACUCUGUACAGAUACCGAUCUGACCUGCAAAUCAUAUUUAAUAUCAUGGACUCUGAUCACUCAAGCCUGAUUGCCAUGGAAGAAUUUCGUGCCAUGUGGAGACUUUUCAGUCUUCACUACAAUGUUGAACACAUUGAUGAUUCCCAAGUUGAUGAGCUUGCCAGCUCAAUGGACUUCAACAAAGAUGGAAGCGUUGACUUUAAUGAGUUUCUAAAGGCUUUCUAUGUAGUGCAUAAAUUUGAUAAGUUGGCCAAAUCAGACACCACCCUUGCUGAACAGGAAUGUGGGCUUCCCUCAGGCUCCCUGUAA